UUACCGAGUAGUAAGUUUGGCAAAACCUGUGUGCCGCCACCUCCACAAAAACCCCAAACUAAAACCUGCGUCACACACAGCACACAAAAAUGUUUCCACAGCCACCGUUCUCGCCGGUGUCGCCGAUUCAACUAACGGUGGCGGCGUUGUUCGGCGCCUCCGUAAUGGCUAUCUCCGCAUUCUACAUCCACAAACGCAGCGUCGAUCAAGUCCUCGAUCGCCUCCUCAACCUCCGCCGCCGCCGCUGCCACUCACUGUCCGAAGAUGAAGAACUUGAUAUCUCGGAUUGUAUUGAAAAUGCGCAAACUGAUAAUAACGUGAAUAUAUGGAGAAGCAAGACUAGAUUUUUGAACGACCCAAUUGAUCAUGAUAAUGAGGAUCGUUACGGCGAUGAGGCGAGAAAUUAUCGAGUUUCGUCUUCCGUGCCGAGUGUGACUGUUCGGAGGACUGAGUGGCUCGGUGAGGAGGCUGGUAUUUCUGUGCGUUUGGAUAAAGAUGAAUUGAUUCCUUCUGAUUUACCUCAAAUACGGACUGAUCAGAGGGACGGGGAGGAGCAUUACAUCAUUCACUCUGGUAACACUAUGCGUGUAGGAUCAGUUGGUAGGCUUGUGACUCCUAGAUCAUCAGGUGGUUAUGCAUUUGAGAGCACAGGAGAUUCUGAUGAUGAAGGAACUGAACUUUCAGCCAGAGAGAAUCAUGUAUUGUCGUAUCAAAAUGACAUAAAUCUAACAAUUCAAAGUGAAGCCCCGAUACCAGCUGAAAACGGGGUCUGCAUUGACUCUCAAGAAUCCAAAUCAUUAGAGAGUGAAGUAAAAUCUAGUGAUGGUCAUGCUGACAGUAGAGCAAAUACAGCUUCAACACAUAUUGUGGCAAAUGAUCCUAUAAUCAGAAACAAUAUUUUUCCACCAAUAACUACACUUAAUGGUUCUGUUUCUGCUGCUCUUCAAAGUGUGAAAUCAGACUCAGUGAGUGCUGAAGAACAAGAAGUCUUGAAGAUGAUACAUGAAUGUCUAGAAUUGAGGGAAAAAUACGUUUUUAGGGAAAAUGUUGCUCCAUGGACAUCAGAAGUAUCUGGUUCAGUUGAGAUUAAGGAUGAUCCAUUUCAUUUUGUGCCUGUUGAAGCAUCUUCCCAUUUUUUCAGAAUGGAAGAAGGCGUAGUACAUGUUUAUGCGAGUGAAAAGGAUACUGAAGAACUUUUUCCGGUUGCAAGUUCCACAAUGUUUUUCACUGAUAUGCAUUAUAUACUGAAAGUGAUGUCCAUUGGAAAUGCUCGCACUUUAUGUCACCACCGAUUACGAUUUCUUGAAGAAAAAUUCCGCCUCCAUUUGUUGGUAAACGCAGAUAGGGAGUUUGUAGCUCAGAAAAGUGCACCUCAUCGAGAUUUCUAUAAUAUCAGAAAAGUUGACACUCAUGUACACCAUUCUGCUUGUAUGAACCAAAAGCAUCUUCUCCGUUUCAUCAAGUCAAAGUUAAGAAAAGAACCAGAUGAGGUUGUGAUCUACCGUGAUGGACAGUAUCUUACCCUGAAAGAAGUCUUUGACAGCUUGGACUUGACAGGAUAUGAUCUAAAUGUAGAUCUCUUGGAUGUGCAUGCCGAUAAGAGUACCUUCCAUCGAUUUGACAAAUUCAAUCUCAAGUAUAAUCCAUGUGGACAGAGUAGACUUAGAGAGAUCUUUCUGAAGCAGGAUAAUCUCAUUCAAGUUUAUAACUGGAAAGUUAUUCCUUCUGGUCUGUUUACAUCUGUGGGGAUUUUAAAUCUGUUCAAGAAGUAUGUUGAAGGGCGUUUUCUGGCUGAAGUUACAAAGCAGGUUCUAUCUGAUCUUGAAGCAAGUAAAUACCAGCUGGCUGAGUACCGAAUUUCGGUUUAUGGAAGGAAGCAAAGUGAAUGGGAUCAGCUGGCUAGUUGGUUUGUGAACAACAGGAUUUAUAGUGAAAAUGCUGUUUGGUUAAUUCAGUUGCCAAAAUUAUACAAUGUUUACAGGAGUAUGGGAACAGUUACUUCCUUCCAGAGUAUACUAGACAACAUCUUCAUUCCACUUUUUGAGGUCACAGUGGAUCCAAAUUCCCAUCCUCACUUACAUGUUUUCUUAUUGCAGGUUGUAGGUUUCGACAUAGUCGAUGAUGAAAGUAAACCUGAAAGGAGACCGACAAAGCACAUGCCAACUCCAUCAGAGUGGACAAACGAGUUCAACCCUGCAUUUUCUUAUUAUGCUUAUUACUGCUAUGCAAACUUAUAUACUCUUAACAAGCUCCGUGAAUCAAAAGGAUUACCUACAAUCAGAUUUCGGCCACACUGUGGGGAGGCUGGCGAUGUUGACCAUUUAGCUGCUGGGUUCCUUCUGUGUCACAAUAUAUCACAUGGAAUAAAUUUGCGGAAAUCACCUGUCUUGCAAUAUCUGUACUAUCUUGCUCAGGUUGGUUUAGCCAUGUCACCACUGAGCAACAACUCCCUCUUCUUGGAUUAUCAUAAGAACCCGUUUCCGAUGUUUUUCCAGCGUGGCUUAAAUGUCUCGCUUUCGACAGAUGAUCCUCUACAAAUCCAUUUAACUAAAGAGCCUCUUGUCGAAGAAUACAGUGUAUGGAAGCUUAGUGCUUGUGACCUUUGUGAGAUAGCUAGAAAUUCCGUAUAUCAAUCAGGUUUCACACAUGCCGCCAAGGCACAUUGGCUAGGAGAUGAAUAUUACAAGAGAGGACCUGGAGGAAAUGAUAUUCACAAGUCUAAUGUGCCAAACAUCCGUAUUUCUUUCAGACAUGAGACAUGGGUUGCUGAGAUGCAAUUUGUGUAUGCCGGAGCCGGAAAAGCCAGACUUCCUCAGGAGGUCGACCAUUAAUCAAACUUUUUUUAUACCAUAGAGACGUAAUUUUUCUGUCUGGGUUAAAUUAUCGCCUCUUAAUCCAGGAAGUGCAUUGAGCAAAUUUGAGUUUUAUAUAUCAGUGAUUGUUGAAGGGCCAUUACACAUUGCCUAAGAUGCAACUUUUUUUAGCUCGUAUUUUUUUUAGUACAGCGGAGGCUAUAUGAUAUGCCUAAGUUUGUUUUCAGCUAGUUUAGUUUUAUAAGCUUUCCUUUGGAAUAUGCUGAAAGGUAUUCAGAGAAUCUUGUAAGAGGGUGUUCUAGACAAUUUAUUGAGGUUGUGAGGUUGAUUUCAAAUUAGCUUCGUGAUUAAUUUGACUAGUUAAGAAAAAUGNUUUUUUU